AACACUGAAACACCGGAAAUGUAACUCACGAGGGCAGCAGAGACGCGCGGAUAGUUCACAUCCAACCCGGAACUUAAAACUCUUAGCCGUGUUUCCACACGGAGCGAAAACAAGAGCGCAGCGUUCAACUGAACCGCCAAAACAGCUGUCGGGUUUUGCGCGAAAACUGACGUUAUAUGAGCGAGAAAUGAGACUAGCAAUAAACUAAACCGUUGUUGAACAUGUGAUGGAGAUUACACGUUAAAUACACGAUUAGGAAAGGAGUUUUUAAACCUGUUUAGGCUGUAAUGCGGCGCUACAGGAAUGAAGCGGAACCGGAACCUUGGAUCGAGCAGCUGAUUGAAAACUACGGCGAAGAACAACGAGACACCAGCGUCAGAGCUCAUGUGGUCGGGGUGAGUGACUUGACCGAGUCUCAGCGCACGGAUGAGAGUGAUGCCUGCAUGCUCUUCCUGUCUGAUGGGACCGUGUUCAUCCCCGCGGUGCUCAGCGCCGCCGCCUGGGAGCACAUGCAGGAGUUAGAGGAGAGAGACACGUUUUCAGGUCUGGACAACACGACGGUGUCGGUGCGGAAAUUCCAACUGAACUUCCACAUGGACCCGGAGCUGACGUCCUGUCAGUUUUAUCUCACUGUUAAUCAGAUCGUCACUGUGGGUCGAGUCAGUCGGCAUCACCGCCCCCCGAGCUGCACGAUGCUGCCAUCAGUCAGGCAACAAAUCCUGAAGACGUGGCGAUCCCUGAUGAAGGAGAGUUCAGUCACUUCUAUGAACUCACAGUCAGGAUUCCCACUUUCCUGCCUGAUGGGGGCGUGGCACAAUGACAUCAUCAUGGACCUCCUGAAUGAUGCAAUCAAGAAAAUAUCCGCGCCCACCGUGGGUCACCUGAGGACGGCCACGCCCACUCGCUGGCACCUAGAGAGACUUCGCUGCAGGAGUGAGGAGUGUUUCAGCACUCCUGUGUCUCAUCUCCUCAUCCCACAGGAGCAGAGGGAGAUGUUGACAGCUGAUCCCGGUGUGUCGAGUUUGAGCGAAACGCCGAGCGGCCUGGUGCCUCCUCACGUAGCUGAAACGACGAAGCGGCCAAUCACGACGCAGGAUCGGGGCGGAGACUCGCCCGCCGCGGCUUCCGAUAGGCCGGAAGAUGGGCAUCAGCUCACCCUGAACAACACCAGACCGGAGGUCUGGUGUGAUGGAGGAGGAGGUGGAGGAGGAGGAGGAGGAGGAGGAGCGAGCGAGGAACGAGAGAGCCCCUGGGAUAUGUUCUGUCCUGCUGCUGACCUGCUCGCAACUCCAUCAUCAUCAUCAUCAUCAUCUUCAGAGAGCAGUCUGGAGCCGCUCUCGCAGCAGGAAAGCCGCUCGCUGCUCACCGUUCCACCGUUUCAGAGACCGCACCCGUCUCCACGUAGCCCCGCCCACCCGAGUGACCCGACAACCGCGGACCUGCGUCAGGAUCCGCAAACACCGAGUCCCUUAACAUCGACCGAACACACUGCAGCCGUGUGUGUGGAAGAACAAUCCCCAACAGACACUCCCCAAAAAAUACCACACUCCGUGUCACACACCCCACCUGCCAAAAAGAGCCGGAGAGUCCAUUCAGAUGGCAGCAGUUUCUCGUACACGUAUGAACCUUGUCCGAACGUCGCCUCGGCUCUCAGCCAGUGCAAGGUCCCAGAGCGGCUGGUGCAGUGGGCGGUGGCGUACCUGGGGACUCCUCAGCGCGCGCUUAUUGUCAGCAAUGGAGUGGAGCUGAAAAAGGUUGCAAUGUUGAAAUAAAUCUUGUUCAUAUGUUCUAUAUGUUCAUUAUAAACAGUGUUAUUUGUUGUUGUAAUAACCUUAUUAAAUGAUUUUUUAAAAUUAUUUUAUGUAUCUUAUUAUGAAUAAUAUUAUGAAUACUUGUCCUUAAAUGGAGUUUGAUUAAAAGAAAAUCAUCAAAAUAAUAAAGUACAUGUUGCUUGAAGUAAUAAGGGGGU